AUGGCAGACAAUGCUACACAUCACUACAUCUCAUCUUUCUUCUUGGUUGGUAUUCCUGGUUUGCAAGAUCUUCACUGCUGGAUCGGUAUCCCUGUCUGCCUCAUGUUUGUCCUGACCCUGCUGGGGAACAGUGUCAUCAUCAUUACAAUCAAACUAGAGCCAAGCCUUCACCAGCCCAUGUAUUUCUUCCUUUGCAUGCUGGCAAUGAACGACGUGGCUCUUGUCUCCUCCACUGCCCCCAAGAUGCUUGGAAUCUUCUGGUUCGAUGCUCACAGAUUUGACUUUGAUGCCUGCUUAACACAAAUGUAUUUUAUCCACACAUUUUGCAUAAUUGAGUCAGCACUCCUGGUAGCCAUGGCUUUUGACCGCUAUGCAGCCAUUUGCAUCCCGCUGCGGUAUACAACCAUCCUGACAACACCAAUGGUCAUUAAAAUGGGUCUGGCUGGUGUGAUCCGAGCUGUAUUUAUGGUUUUGCCUUGUCCUCUUCUCAUUAAGAAGUUACCAUAUUACACGAAAUAUGUCAUCAAUCAUACCUACUGUGAGCACAUGGCUGUAGUGAAGUUGGCCAAUGCCAACACUCUCAUUAACAGAGCAUAUGGCAUCUCUGUGGCCCUUUCAGUCACGACACUGGACCUAACGCUCAUAGCCACAUCAUAUAUCAAAAUCCUCCAGGCAGUCUUCAGACUCUCUUCCCAGAAUGCCCGCUCUAAAGCACUGGGCACCUGUGCUGCCCAUGUGUGCACUAUGCUUGUCUUCUACACUCCUGCACUGUUUAGUUUCCUAACUCACCGCUUUGGCAAGAAGGUACCUCCAAGUGUUCAUAUAAUUUUUGCAAGUUUGUAUCUUCUAGUGCCCCCCAUGUUCAACCCAGUGGUGUAUGGUGUGAAGACCAAGCAGAUUCGAGACAGAGUGGUUGGUCUCUUAUUUCCUCAAAAAAAAAUUUCUGAAAAUGAAAUAUUUAAGCACAAACCCAUGUUAGUAGAAUCCAUUUCAUAA